CGUCAGAACGAUUUCGUGACUUGAACGUGGCGGUUGUAUUUACGAGUGCGCAUAUUGCCGAGGCAGUUCGUUAUUUUAUUUAAUUUUAGCCUAUAAGUAUCGCUGUCAACGCACUUAACAAAUACGAAAAAUAUUCUAAUUUGAAAGUAAACAAUUUUAAAUAUCAACGGGAGAUGUCGAAAACCGAAGCGCCUACAUCAGUUUUAGUAUUCUUUGUGAAUGGGAAAAAGGUGACUGAUGACAAGCCCGAUCCGGAAUGUACACUGCUUAUCUACCUGCGUGACAAACUGCGUUUAUGUGGUACCAAAUUGGGCUGUGGCGAGGGAGGAUGCGGUGCAUGCACGGUGAUGAUCUCCCGCUUAGAUCGUGACAGAAAUAAGAUUAAGCAUUUGGCAGUUAAUGCUUGUCUAACCCCAGUAUGUGCCAUGCAUGGUUGCGCCGUGACCACGGUGGAGGGCAUUGGAAGCACGAGAACGCGGCUGCAUCCGGCGCAGGAACGUUUAGCCAAAGCACACGGCUCGCAGUGUGGCUUCUGCACCCCAGGCAUAGUGAUGUCCAUGUAUGCAUUGCUGCGGAAUGCAGCACAACCAUCGAUGCGUGAUCUGGAGGUGGCAUUUCAAGGGAAUUUGUGUCGCUGCACCGGUUAUCGUCCUAUCCUGGAGGGCUAUAAGACGUUCACCAAGGAAUUCGCUUGCGGCAUGGGUGACAAGUGUUGUCGCGUGAAUGGCAAUGGUUGUGGAGUUGAAAACGAAGCUGAAACUGAUGACAAACUUUUUGAACGCAGCGAGUUUCAGCCCUUUGAUCCUAGCCAAGAACCCAUCUUUCCUCCGGAAUUGCAACUAAAUAAAUCCUAUGAUGAAGAAAGUCUCAAUUUUCAUUCGGAUCGCGUGUCUUGGUAUCGACCAACGACGCUGCAGGAACUGUUACAGCUGAAGGCACAAUAUCCGGCUGCCAAACUGAUUGUGGGCAACACAGAGGUGGGCGUGGAGGUGAAGUUUAAGCACUUUCUCUAUCCCGUGCUCAUCAAUCCCAUCAAAGUGCCCGAAUUGCUGGAGCUGCGUGAAACCGACGAGAGCAUUUACUUUGGAGCCGCUGUAAGUCUGAUGGAGAUUGAUGCCUAUCUGCGUCGACGAAUCGAGGAGCUGCCCGAGGAGCAGACCCGCUUCUUCCAGUGCACAGUGGACAUGCUGCACUACUUUGCUGGCAAACAGAUUAGGAAUGUGGCCUGUCUUGGUGGCAAUAUUAUGACUGGCAGUCCCAUCUCCGACAUGAACCCGGUGCUAACUGCAGCGGGAGCCAGAUUGGAAGUCGCCAGUCUUGAUGGUGGCCGACGCUCGGUUCACAUGGGCAGUGGCUUCUUUACGGGCUAUCGCCGUAAUGUGCUCAAACCAGAAGAGAUACUGUUGGGCAUACACUUUCAGAAGACGACACCCGAUCAGCAUUUUGUAGCCUUUAAGCAGGCACGUCGACGUGACGAUGACAUUGCCAUCGUCAAUGCUGCCAUUAAUGUGCAUUUUGAGCCGGGUUCGAAUGUGGUGCAGCGCAUCUAUAUGGCCUUUGGUGGAAUGGCGCCCACAACUGUGCUGGCACCCAAAUCCUCGGAGCUAAUGGUUGGGCAGCGAUGGAAUCAAGAGCUCGUCGAGCGUGUGUCCGAAAGUUUAUGUGAGGAGUUGCCAUUGGCUGCCUCGGCGCCCGGUGGUAUGAUUGCCUAUCGACGCGCCUUGGUGGUCAGCUUGUUCUUCAAAUCUUAUUUGUCCAUUAGCCGCAAAUUGUGCGACGCUGGCAUUAUGCCACCCAAUGCGGUGCCCAAGGAUGAAAUCAGUGGUGCCGAUGGAUUCCAUACGCCUGCACUACGCAGCGCUCAACUGUUCGAGCGUGUGUCCAGCGAUCAGCCGAGCUACGAUCCAGUUGGUAAGCCAAAAGUCCAUGCUGCUGCACUGAAACAGGCAACUGGCGAGGCCAUUUAUACCGAUGACAUUCCACGCAUGGAUGGCGAACUCUAUUUGGGCUUUGUGCUCAGCACCAAGGCAAAAGCCAAGUUGACUAAGGUGGAUGCCAGCGAAGCACUAGCUUUGGAGGGCGUACACCACUUCUUCAGUGCCAAGGACAUCACAGAGCAUGAGAACGAGGUGGGUCCAGUGUUUCACGACGAGCACGUCUUUGCUGCUGGCGAAGUGCAUUGCAUUGGACAGAUUAUUGGUGCCAUUGCUGCUGACAAUCAGACGUUGGCUCAACGGGCUGCUCGCUUGGUGCGCGUGGAGUACGAGGAGCGCACACCAGUUAUUGUCACUAUCGAACAGGCCAUCGAGCACAAAUCCUUCUUUCCCGACUAUCCACGUUACAUUAACAAGGGUGAUGUCGAGAAGGCGCUUGAGGAGGCGGAUCACGUGUACGAGGGCAGUUGUCGAAUGGGUGGCCAGGAACAUUUCUAUCUGGAGACCCACGCAGCGGUCGCUGUACCUCGCGAUAGCGAUGAGCUGGAGCUAUUUUGCUCCACACAGCAUCCGUCCGAAGUGCAAAAAUUGGUCUCGCAUGUGAUCUCUGUGCCUGCGCAUCGCAUUGUGUGUCGUGCCAAGCGACUUGGUGGUGGUUUUGGUGGAAAGGAAUCGCGAGGCAUCUCGGUAGCUUUGCCUGUGGCUCUGGCUGCCUAUCGGCUGCGUCGUCCCGUGCGCUGUAUGCUCGAUCGUGAUGAAGACAUGCUGAUCACUGGUACCCGUCAUCCCUUCCUUUUCAAGUACAAGGUGGGAUUCAGCAACGAGGGUCUCAUCACUGCCUGCGAUAUUGAAUGCUACAACAAUGCAGGGUGGUCCAUGGAUUUAUCCUUUUCGGUUCUAGAGCGUGCCAUGUGCCACUUUGAGAACUGCUAUCGUAUUCCUAAUGUACGCGUUGGUGGUUGGGUGUGCAAGACGAAUCUGCCUUCAAAUACCGCCUUCCGUGGAUUUGGUGGUCCCCAGGGCAUGUUUGCUGGUGAACACAUCAUUCGAGAUGUGGCCCGUGUUGUGGGAAGAGAUGUUUUGGAUGUGAUGCGUUUGAAUUUCUAUAAAACCGGCGACUACACGCACUACAAUCAGCAGCUGGAACGUUUUCCCAUUGAACGUUGCUUCCAGGAUUGCAUUAAGCAGUCGCAUUAUCACCAGAAGCACGAAGGGAUUCAGCGUUUCAAUGCAGAGCAUCGCUGGCGCAAGCGUGGCAUCGCUUUGGUGCCCACCAAGUUUGGUGUCGCAUUCGGUGUGAUGCAUUUGAAUCAGGCGGGUGCUUUGAUUAAUAUCUAUGGUGAUGGUUCGGUGUUGUUGUCCCACGGUGGCGUUGAAAUCGGACAAGGCUUGAACACCAAAAUGAUUCAGUGUGCGGCGCGUGCUUUGGGCAUUCCCAUUGAGCUGAUACACAUCUCCGAAACAGCCACAGACAAAGUACCAAAUACGUCACCAACAGCUGCCAGUGUGGGAUCCGAUUUGAAUGGCAUGGCAGUGUUGGAUGCUUGUGAGAAGAUCAACAAACGCUUGGUUCCCAUAAAGGAGGCGUUACCAACGGGCACCUGGAAGGAGUGGAUCAACAAGGCGUAUUUCGAUCGUGUCAGCCUCUCGGCAACUGGUUUCUACGCCAUUCCCAACAUUGGCUAUCAUCCAGAGACAAAUCCAAACGCACGCACCUACAAUUACUUUACGAAUGGCGUGGGUAUCUCAGUGGUGGAAAUUGACUGCUUGACUGGUGACCAUCAAGUGAUUAGCACUGAUAUUGUAAUGGAUAUUGGUUCCAGCAUUAAUCCAGCCAUUGAUAUUGGUCAGAUUGAGGGCGCCUUUAUGCAGGGCUAUGGACUGUUCACACUGGAAGAACUGAUGUAUUCGCCACAAGGCAUGCUUUACUCCCGCGGUCCUGGAAUGUAUAAGUUGCCCGGUUUUGCCGAUAUACCCGGCGAAUUUAAUGUCAGUCUGCUGACCAAUGCGCCAAACCCACGUGCCGUUUAUUCCUCAAAGGCUGUUGGUGAACCUCCGCUUUUCAUUGGUUGCUCCGUAUUCUUUGCUAUCAAGGAGGCAAUUGCAGCAGCUCGAGCGGAGCAGAAUUUAAGCGCACACUAUGAACUGGAGGCUCCUGCAACCUCCGCACGUAUACGCAUGGCUUGUCAGGAUAAAUUCACCAAAAUGCUUAAGAUGCCAGAAGUGGGCACCUACACACCAUGGAAUAUUGUGCCAUAGGAAUAUACUUAUGCUAGUUUAAAGAAUAUGUUAUUUGUUUCACAAAAUACUUACUUGUACAGUAGAAAUCGCUUAUUAUUAGACAUUAUCAAUGCGAGGUCA